GACACGGGCGCAGGCGAACCAACGGGGCCCACUUGGACCCCGAUCUCAGGGGGCCUUACGCAGAGCUGAGAUACCUGCCACCAGGUGGCUCCACGAACACUGCCCCUGCCGAUGAUGCCCAACCAGUCGCCCGAGUGCCUCUGCCCGGCAAGCAUCUCCCGUUUGUUUGUAUUCCGCUUGGAACCGCGCCGUUGAAAUGUGUUGACAGUGUGUGUCACCUCUUUGUGAUAAUACCGCACCGGUGAGAUAACGGGGCUCGCCCAUUGUGCGAGGCUGUUGAUUUAUGUGAUCGCUGAUACCAAAUAUACGACGUUGUUCACCCACGCGGCUCGAAAUUAUACCCCGGCACUAUGCAGCAGCAGCAGCAGCAGCAGCAACAGCCGCCUCAACCGCAGCAGCAUUCGGAUCCGGAGAGUUCGGUAUCGGAACUCCAGGAUCCUCCGCUGAUUCCGGAUGUCACCGAAGACGAUAUCUCGAGCAACGGAAUCACCAAUCUCACCCUCCAGAGCGUCGCACUGAGUCUUCAGGGCGCUUUGCUCGCCGCUCUUCAACGAGCGGCUCUUCUUCCGCCGGGUCACGCCGCCGCUGCCGCUUUGAAUCUCCAAGCACUCGAGACCUACCUUACUCUUCAUCGUCUUCACGUUACCAGUACUUCCGUAAACGCGUCGUCGUCGACGACCUCCUCCUCAUCCACCGCAACGAUCACGUCGUCCAACAUCAACAACAACGUCAACAACAACAACAACAACAACAACAACACCAUCGAUACCUCCUUAAGAAAUUCAACGUCCGUGCAGACCACAUGCGCUUCACCUUCCUCAUCGUCGACUAUAGCAAAGACUGAACAAUUGGGGCAAGUUUUAUCGUCGGGAUUGGACGAGGACGACGCCUCCCACCUAGAUUUUGUCACCGAUCCCGAGGAGGACCUCGCUCUUCUCGAGGAGGAAGAUGUCCUGAUGCAAGAAAGCUCAUCCGCCAAUUCUUCCGUCCAACAUCACGACGCUCUGCUGCAAAGAAUAUCCGAAGAAGCUCCAGCUACUUUGAUUGCUCCGGCCAACAACUUGGUGCAAACUACCCUGCAACCUACGACCGUCAAUCCAGCGGACCAAGGGCUGACUCGCCCCUGCAGAGCGUCCAGACCGAAGAAACAAUUCAUCUGUAAAUUCUGCAACCGACAGUUCACCAAGAGCUACAAUCUUCUGAUUCACGAAAGAACUCACACGGACGAACGUCCCUACAGCUGUGACAUUUGCGGCAAGGCUUUUCGCAGACAGGAUCACCUCAGAGAUCACAGGUACAUCCACAGCAAAGAGAAACCGUUCAAAUGCGGCGAAUGCGGCAAAGGUUUUUGCCAGAGUCGAACGCUCGCCGUUCACCGAAUUCUGCAUAUGGAAGAAUCGCCGCACAAAUGCCCGGUAUGCGCACGUAGCUUCAAUCAGCGAAGCAACCUGAAGACUCAUCUGUUGACUCACACGGACAUAAAACCCUACCACUGUGCCUCCUGCGGGAAGGUAUUUCGCCGAAAUUGCGACCUCAGACGUCAUUCUCUGACCCACAAUUUGGGGGUCGCUUCCUCCCCACCACCGCCGAGUAUCCCCGUACCGGGAACGAGCGCGGCCGUUCUCCAGGAAACAUCGUCCUAGCCCCUCUCUCUCUCUCAUACUUGUCCGAUGUAAUGAUUAGUAUUAUAAAAAAAUUUUAAGCUACGCCGUGCUCAUUAGAUCUGUAAUUAUGUCUAUAAUAUAGAUUGUAUAAUGUACUAAAAUUAAAUCCGACUACUAUUAUGUGUUCCGUGUUUGCUG